UUUACAUUUAAAAAUAGUUUCUAUUAAAUAAAAAGUUAAAAUGUGCUGGAAAUUAUAUAAAUUAUCAUUAUGAUACAGAUAGCUCAAAUUGAUUUUGCAAUAUUAACUCUUAGCAGAAUUUUUGUUACCUACAAGUUGUAAAAUGAACACAGUAUGUCUUAUUUGAGUACAUCGGAAAAUGUGGGUUUCAGUGGCAUUCCCCAAAAUAUAUCUGACGCAAGUUGCGCCUCGCAGUAUAAAAUGGCAGUGGAGGGCGUGUCAGGGGCUGAUGUCAACAUGUUCAUACAUGAUAGUUCAGGAGAUGAGCAAAAUUAUAUAACUCAUCUGAAUGACAAUUUCUUUCAUACCAAAUUUAAAAUAGAUCCCAACGAACUCUACACGUUCCAUGACUCAGAUGUCAUAGCAGGUGAAAUAACUGUAAGUCACACAGAAGAUGCUUUUGUCUAUUCAGAUAAUGUUGAUGUUAAGAGUAAAGUAGUAGAAAGUCCGAGUAAAGAAUUAGAUCUCAUAGAUACACUUACAAAUGGUGACAUUAAACAAGAAAUAAAGAGAGAGGUAGUUUCUAAUGGUCACUAUACAUCAAUUACAAAACCAGUUUUGACUGCUACUUAUAAAGAUAGUAAGACUACUAAUACCAAAGUUCCAAAAACUAAAAGUCAUAAUCAGGCAAUGAAAGAGCCUAGAGUAAAUGCAGUUAGUGAAGUGCGCUGCCCAAGUGUUCACAGCCCAAAGGGUGGAAAUGUAACUGCAGGACAAACUCCUUGUGUGAAAACCAGUAUUAAUAGUGUUAGUUCCAACAAUGUUAAGACUGCAUCUGCUCUAAAACAGACAGGAAAUGAAACUUUUUUGGAUGUUUAUAAGAGAGAACAAGGUUUACUUGAGAAUGGUCUUCCUGUUGUUAAGAUUGAAGACUCAAAACCUGCAGCUAAAAUUUCAGCUCCUGUUAAGAAAACACAAUCAGGUAAAACGUCGCAAUCAAAACCGCGGCGCGGUCGUGGACCCACGGUGCAUGAGGCAUUGCAACGGAUACCACCGCAGCGAGCGGUGCCCGUACCCAAUGGCACUUGGCACGCGCCAGGAGAUGAAUUGUUCACAUGUGGCCCUCUUGACGGCCGCAGAUCAUAUUACUGGCAAUUGGACAGCAGUAGCAGUGAUGAUGAUUACAUGCCUGAUUUUGAUCCAGGGCGGGGACCAGUAUGUGUCGAAGAGACUGCGGCGGAGAGUCGCAGCGCGCAACUGGCUUCGAGGAGGAGUGCACUACGUAGGCAUGUGGCUCGUGUUAGCGCCGCACUUAAUCUCACUCCAAACCAUACACAUCAUCAAGCGCUUGUUUCCUCAAUCAAGAAACAACUUAAAAAGCAGGGUACAUCAAGUCAUCUGCCAACUCACACAAUCAAUCACUUGUUAGCAAUGCGUGGCAUGCCAUCAUUACUGUCAUUGCAAGAACGCAGGAAACUUAGAGAAACUGGAUGGUCUGGAGGCGAGAGUGCUACUGUUGACUACAUAGCAGGAAAUACGUGUGCAGAAGAGAGAUGUACAGAACAGCCAGUACCGUGUGGACGGUAUUGCUUAAAGCAUGUGACGUUAGCACCUGAACAGCGGUUAUAUGCAGCGUGUGCAGCGGUGUUCGCAGGAGGGGCUCGCUGCAAGCAACCGCUGUUACCGCUGCAGGAUCAGACGCCACUAUGUCCAGAACAUGCGUGGAAGAGAGAUAACUACGAUAAAAUAAGCCGGGAUUGUCGGCCGAAGAAGGCAGUCCGCAAGCGAGCGUGGGUGGCGCCGGUGAGGCCCCCGCGGCGCGCCAAGCGGCGCCGGCGGCCCGCGCGGCCCCGGGGCUCCCUGCCCGGCCCGGCGCCCCGCACGCCGCCCCGCACGCCGCCCCACACCCCGCACGGCCCGCCCGCGGCCCCGCCCCACCCCGACCACGCCCUAUCAGAGAUAAACGUUUGUUCAAACUCGUCAACGUACGACAGUUCAGAGGAUGCCGCUAUGGGUGCACUGAGUGAGAAUGAAUACAUUCCCGUGGCAAGCAACUCUCAUGAAUUAGAAGUGGAAGUAGAACAAGUGCCGCACGACGACAUUCUGGAUCCCGCCGUUCUCAGCCAGAUUCCAGAUGAAGCAUUCACAGAGUUUUUUAAUCAAGCUGAGGGCGGGGCCCCGUUCGCGGAGAGCUCGGAGUUAGCGGCGGCGUUGGAGGCCGUACUGGACGAACGCGCGCUCGACUCCAUCGCGGACUGCGUGUUUACCGCGCACCCCGGUCACCCCACACGACCCUCACAACACGCGCACAACGCCACUAGCACUAAGAUACAAGUUCCAACUUCAGUGCCCAUGGAUCCGUCAUCAAGCACACCAUCAUAACAUUGUAAUUUUAUAUAUAUAAUUAUUUUAAGCUAAACUAAACUUUGUACUAUAUAAUACUUAGGAACAAAUUCGACAUUUUUAGUCUCAAGAGUUGAAAUAUUUUUUUUCUUCAUGCUUUAAGUUUUGUGUGAUUCUGUAGAGACGGUUGCAAUAUGGAUGGUGCGUUCGUGAUUAUAAGAUUGCAUGGGAAUGCCGUGAGAGUGAUGUACAUAGGUUGUUUUAAACCAAAUUAGGUUAUAGAACUUCGUUCCUACCAAUAUUACCGUUUCCAGUACAACAAAGGCUUCAAAAUGUACAGAGCAAUAUUUGUAUAGAGCAUGUAGUUUACUUGUAUGAUCAUGUUAAUACAAGAAAAAGACGACAAACUUGUAUAAAACAGG